AUGCCGAAAAAAUUUGCGGGAGAAAAUAGCAAAGCCGUAGCAGCGAGACAACGUAAAGAAGAUGCUAAACAAGAAAAAGAGCAAAAGGCAAAAAAAGUUAUAGAAGAUGCUCAAUGGGAGGACAAUGACGAUAAAUUAAAAAAGAAAAUGCAGAAAAAGGAGGAACAAGAGAAAAAACGCCUUGAGCAGUUACAAAAAAAAGCUGAAUCAAAAGCUUUACUGGAAAAAGAACUGGAAUCAAUCAAGGGGAACACCAAAGCACCUCCUCCUCCAAAGAUUACUCGUGCACAAAUUUCUCAGGCUAAAGAAAAAACUAUCAAAGCAGAAACUGUCAAACCAGUGCCUUCACGGGUGGUUGUUGAAGAGCCGCCACUAGAAGAAAAUCUCAAUAGAAUACAUCUGGAGGGAGAGGUUGCACAGUCUGUCGAUGAGGCCAUCUCAAUACUCAGUGACCAGUCAGAUAUUGAUAAACAUCCUGAAAAACGCCUCAAAGCGGCAUAUACAGCAUUUGAAGCAACAGAACUCCCUAGGUUGAAGGCUGAGAACCCUACUCUUAGAUUAUCGCAACUUAAACAAAUGCUAAGGAAAGAAUGGCUUAAGUCACCUCAGAACCCACUCAAUCAAAAAGUUUAG